AUGGAAGAGAAUUCAGUAGUUGAAGUUGAUGAUAAUGCUGUCCACGAGUUACGAGUUCUUGCUAUCGACGCUCAGAUUUUCAGCCUUCAGUAUCUUAGUGUUGUGCUCCAUAAGUGCAACUACAAAGUUAAAACAACAACAUCGGCAGCUGAAGCUCUAGAGAUAUUGAGAGCAAACAAAUAUGAAUUUGAUACUGUGCUUGUUGAUGUUGACAGUGCUACCAUCAAGGGUUUUAAGCUUCUGGAGAUUAUAGGACUUGAGAUGUAUUUACCGGUGAUAAUGGUGACUGGAGACGGCAGUCUAGAAAACAUAGUCAAGGGUCUGAUUCAUGGUGCUGUGGAUUACAUCAUAAAGCCCGUUGGGGUGCAGGAGAUCAAGAAUAGUCUUUGGCACUGCGUUUCUCUCAAUAACGCCUACUGGGGUUCUCAACAAUCUAUGGACUCCCAAGAAUCAUCGGACCACCAAAGUCUAAAGCCUUUGGAACAUUCCAAUGCUAGUAUUACAGUUGAAGAUGAUAAACACAGCACUCCAUUAGAUGAUGCCUCUUCUAGUUGUCAGAAGAAAAGGAGGUUGGUAUGGACCCCGGAGCUUGAUGCCAAGUUUGUAAGGGCUGUUCAGACACUGUCAAAGGGUUCAAUGGUGCAUCCAAAAAGGAUACUUGCAAUUAUGAAUGAACCGGGACUCAACCGGGCAAAAGUCGCUAGUCAUCUGCAGAAAUAUAGAAUGUCGUUGAAGAAGCAACAAGGUUUUGAUAUCGGAAGUGUUACCCGGUAUUCAUCCACAAAGAGAACCAACCGCAGAAAUGGGAAAGCUGGCGAUGUUAAUGCUGAUCCUUUAGCUGUUCCAAGCUUUAAUCCAUUUCACUCCUUGGAGGACAUCAACUCUAUCUUUCUCGACCCAAUUGGAGGGGGGAAUACCGUAAUGUCACAGCAUAGAAUACCGUAUGGCGGCUUGUUGGUGGAUCCACAGAAACCAUAUCAAUCCGUUCCUUAUAGUUGUUUGAAUGAUCCAAACUUUCAAACCCCAGAUUUCAAAUCUUUUAAUUAUUAUAAUUACUGCUUAGGAAUGAAUAUUCAGCCUCAUGAUCUUGGAUCCCUGCCUCUUCCGGGGACUACAUCUCGGUCACCAUACUUUCAUGAUGUGGGCUCCGAGGCUAGUACUCCUAGCAGUGCGCCAUUUUAUCCAUCCUCAAAUGCAUUUUUGGCACCUGAAACAGAUGUAGCUUUCCAGUCCCCUUUUGCUGUUGCUUCUGCCCCAAAUCUUUUUCCAGUUAAGCGAUCAUGGACCACCUGGCAGUCUACGAAUCUUGGCAACUUACUCCUCCCAGCAGCCAGAAGGCUCUUAUCUUGCGGAGAGUGA